UAAUGCAUAAGAUUGUUCAGAAUAUUUCUUAAUACUGUAUUGAUUAAUUGUUAAUUCUAACACAAAACAAAAUAUAUAUGAGAAUUGAUUCUUUUAGUAAUAUGAUAAAAGUUUGAAAGUCUGUUAAUUAUACUUUUGAACUUUAAAUGUAAAAUUUAACCAUAACACAUAAUAUUUAAACAUAAAAUUUUAUUAUCUGAAUCAGAAACAACAUACUUAUCUAGAAAUUUUAAACAGGCUAUAUAAUCUAACACAAAAUGUCUUCUUUUCAGAAAUAAAACUUAAAAGCCAUUCAAGUACAUUCAAGGGUGUUAAGAAAAGUAUUCAGUAUUUAUAUUGUAGAGUAAAAAACCUUAGUAAGCAUAAGUAAUAAACUCAAGUAUAUGAGAUAAAUAAUUUGACAAAGACCUGGAAUUUUUAUGAGUGCAGCUCAAAAAGAUAAGAUGUCAAGUAUAAAUGGAAAUGGAGGACAUGUGUAAUACUUGUGAAUAUCAAGAAAUUAAAAUGGCAGAAACUCCUCACAGUCCUGAUUCUCAUAGCAAUAGUCCCAUUAGCUCCUCACCUCCAGUUUCUGGAGGUUUAUCAGAAUCUCAAAUUAAAAAAUCUUGGGUCAAAUUUGAAGAGGAAAAUACUAAAGCAGGAGAAAGUGUGGCAACUAUAGAACCAUCUCAAUCAUUUCAUGUCGAUAGUCAGUCACAUCCAUUAGCAGAUCGUGAUGGAACUGGAGAGAUAUCAGAAAGUAUGGAGGCAAAAUCUCCUGUUUAUGAGAGACAAUCUUCAUCUCCGAUUCCUCAGUCUGUUAGCAAUUUAAAUUCAUCAAGUCUUCCUCCACCAAUGGCUCCUUUAAGACAUAUUAGAAAAUCGGCUUCUGAACAGCCAUCGGGUUAUGUUCAAAAUAAUAUUCCUGCUGCAGAAGCAUUCAGAAUGAAUAGAAGCAGUUUGCAAAGUAUCCCAUUAACUACUGGACCAGCUUUACCACCACCUUGUGAUCAUGGUAUUAGACAAGGAUUUACUAAUGGUGAUACUAUCGUUACUCUUCUUCCUAUCAAUAAACGUUUUUCUUGGAUUACUAAAGCUGAAUUUCGACCAGAAUUAGUACCAGAGGAAUUAAUGGCUCAUGGUUUGACUUUGACAGUUGAAGAUUACGUCAUGGCAAUGCAAGUUUUAGUUAACGAUAUCAGAUUCAAUGUAUAUAUAAUGUUCUACAAACGUGUUUUGCUUGUAUGGAUACUUCUUGGUUUCAUCAUACUUUUAUCAUUGCUGUUUUCUGGUAUUCGUGGUUUGGCUCUUUUUGGAGGUGGAAUUGUAUGGUUAAUUGUUAAUGCUAUUGGAAUAUUUAUUUGUAUGUGGCUUAAAAUAAAGCUAUACAGACUUCUUGAACAAUGUGUGGCUAGUGUUAAUGCUUUGUUGUAUAAGCAUAACAUCCUAGUUGGAUUGGAUGAUCGUGGAAAGAUUUCAUGUCAUAAAGUGAAUUUGAUAUUCCUGUAUUUCGAUGUUAGUUAUUGUAUUAAAUAUUUGAAAGAUAUGUUAGAAAAUGAAGAAAGACUUAAAGCACAGCAAGCAAUAGAGCCAACAAUUGGUCACAGGGGACCUCAACCACCCAUUGAUCAUUCUCGAAUGGACAUUGAUACUUCUGAUAUCAUUAUCACUGGAAGUUCAACUACUCGUGUAUCUCAGAAAGAAAAAUAUGCAGAAAAGUUACUUCUGCGAUACAGUCAGCGUUGGGUGAAAGAAUUUAGUAGAAAGCGACUCGAUUUGAAUCUUCCAUUGCAUCCUGAUGGAUCCGAACUAUCUUGUCACCCGUCUCCUCCUCGUCACUGUCAUAAUGCUCGGUGUCCCUGCCAGUUCAUUGAAGAGCAUCUUCGCUUCAAACCACAAAAGAAAACAUGCAAUAUCAGGGAUUUAUUUUCAUAAAAUAAGAGAUAAAUUCUUUAAUUCAGUUAUCUUUCAUAAGGUAAUUAAUAUAUUAUAAGUAAUGGAAGGAAAUAUCUAACUGGGUUAUUUUGAAUUUUUACUAUUAUUAUUAUUGUUAUGCAUCAAAUUGUGCCUUAUAAUUCCAUCCAUAGUAUAAUGGGAUUACUAAAUCAUAUGGCUUGAAUAAUUGGAUGAGAUCUAGGAAAAAUAUAUGCUCAUUUUGUGUGUUUGCAUGUGUGAUAGUUGAUUACUAGUAAAUUCUUUUAAGAUAUAUAGUUGCAAAUUUUACUUAUGGUAGUAUGUGGGGUGUUCAAAAAGUUCCCAGAAAGUUAUUAUUUGUAAACAGAAUGCUACAUUUAUAAUUAAUUUGUAUAAGUGUAAACUUGUUGAGAUUUAUUUUAUCAGGUAUUCGUGUCUAGCCCCAUCAGACUUUUUUUAUUCCCAAAUUUAAAAAACAGGCAUUAAAGGUGUUUGCUAGCAGUUGAAGAUCAAGUGAAACAUUUUGUAGUUCGGUGGCUAGAAUCAAAAAGUACUGACUUCUACUGGAAGUGUUUAGAAGGAUGGCGACACCUUAUGGAAAAAUGUUUUAACUUAAUUAAAUGGAACAUAAGUUAAAAAAUAAAGUGCUAAAUUCAAUUUUUUGUCUUCUUAUUUACAUUUUCCAGGAGCUUUUUGAAUACCCAUUGUUUAAAUUAGUCAUAAAUCUAUAUUAACAAAUUCAUUAUUAGAAAUUUUGUAAUAAUGAAUUUCAAUUUUAUUCCAUUCAUUAAUUUCUGUAACUUAAUGAAAA